AGGACGAGAAGCACACAGAGGAUCACAGUAGAACCUAACUCCUGGCCUCUUGUGUUCCCUUCAGGAAAAUAUGUGGACUCGGAUCCGCGCACAGUCCCUGCUUCUGCUGUUCCUGCUGCUGAAGCCACUGCAGUUCCAAUGGAUAAAUGACCCUCAGUUUCCAGCAGACAAACUUGAAGAAUUUGAAGAUUAUUUAGAAUAUUUAUUUGGCACAGGACCUACCAGACCACCUACCAAAGAAACAUUCAAAAGCCGUGUCAUUGUUGAUCGUGAAAGACCAUUAUAUGAUCCAGACUAUUGUACUGAAGAAAUAAAAAUGAAAAAUGUUCACAAAAAGUUACUUUGCGUUAAAGAACACUUUUUCCUCCAGACAACUUAUGAGGACAUGCAACAGAUCUGUCUCGAUAUGUUUGUGCCCUGUAAGAAUGGAGUGAAGAGAUGUCACAGGAGCAAGCAGCUAGUCAAAGGAGUGCAUUGUGUUUUACAAAGUGGGUACAGGAUGCCAGAAUGUGUGUACGAAUCUUCUUACACGGCAGGCAAUGUCCUUCUCACUUGUGAAUGGCAAAAUGAUAUUGAUGAUCUUUUUCCUGCUAAUGUAAAUGAUAUUGAAAAAAUAUCUAGCAUAAACCUUCUUUCCAAAAGGAAUCUAUCUUACACCCACCGUUCCAGAAGAGGAUUCUCCAAGAGGUUAGCAGGAGAGGCUAGGACCCUAUCCUGAUUGAUCCUUACAGGUCAAAAGUGAGAAUGGGAAUUUUGGUCCCAUUCCUUUUAAUCACCCAUUUUAGCCUCCCUUUUCCCCCAACAUCAUGCAAAGGCAAGGUGGCCUAGGUGAACAGACGGUGCUCUGAGGUGUGGUUUCAAGCAACUCACCCAAUUUGGCACUUGUGGAAUAUGUUAUGAGGAUGAACCCCUGCAGGGAAAGGAUGACCAGCACCAAGAGCAAAAGGAAAUGGUUGCCUGCCGUGUGCUCCAAAGUUGUAUUCCUGUGAACCCCUAGUUCAGUAGAAAUAAUAAAGUGCAUUGACCCAGCAAAGUGUCUCUGCUAUGGUUAUGUGGGGUUUCUGGGUUUGGGCUUAGCCUUCUCUGUGGCACAAUUUGCACCAGAAAGAAUUUGGAGCCCCCUGAGAAGUUGUGAGAUUCAUCUUUCUAGUGCUGUAUUUGUGGAUAUUCCCCUUGUUUUAUUCUGUCCAUACAACACAAUGCU